CCUCGCAAUCUCCUUUGGUAGAUAUUCCAAUCCCAACCUCCUAGCCUUACAACAACCUACCAGAAGCUGUUACACCACUUAAACGACGCCGCAAUCGCGAAAGUUUGAUCAGAAUAUGUCUCCACCAACUCUGCCAAAGACAUACCGGGCGGUGGUGGUUGAAGGUCCAAACCAGCCGCUCGCGAUCAAAGAAUUUCCUCUCGAGGAGCCGAAACCCGGCGAGAUCCUCAUCAAGGUGCAUUGCUGCGGUGUCUGCCACAGUGACGAACUUCUGAUCAAAGGCCUAUUCGGUCCCAUGGCCAAGUUCCCAGCUAUUCCCGGCCACGAAACCAUUGGGACGAUCGUGCGUGUUGGCUCUGGUGAGAAGAGAUGGGAGAUCGGAGAGGUGGUGGGGGGAGCAUGGCAUGGCGGGCAUGACGGCGUCUGCAAAUCCUGCAGCCACGGAGACUUCCAGAUGUGCGACAAUGCAGAGGUUAAUGGCGUAACGAGAUCCGGAGGAUAUGCAGAAUACGCAUAUCUCCGAACUGAGGCAGCUGUUCACAUUCCCAAAGAGAUUCCCGCUUCCGAAUAUCCAGCCAUUGCGCCAUUGCUGUGCGCAGGAGUCACGGUCUUCAAUGGCAUCCGCGAGAUGGACAUCACGCCGGGAGGAACAGUGGUGAUCCAAGGUCUUGGUGGGCUUGGUCAUCUUGCCCUUCAGUUUGCCCGGAAAAUGGGUUACCGAACGGUAGCAUUAAGCUCGAGCGAAAAGAAGAGAGACUUUGCCUUGGACCUGGGAGCGACGGACUAUAUCGAUGCUAGCAAAGACGAUGCAGCGCAGCAACUGCAGGCGAUGGGCGGCGCCAAUUUGAUCGUGGUCACAGCACCGAACCCUGAAGUAGUUCCGCCUCUUCUCAGCGGGCUUGCUGCGCGUGGAAAGCUGCUGAUUCUCGCUCCGGUCGGCGAUGUUCCUGUAAACACGGGGAUGAUGAUUUUGCGGGGUAUAAGUGUUUGGGGAUGGCCUAGUGGACAUGCGCGUGACGCAGAAGAAACGAUCGACUUUGCGAACAGACAAGGCGUUGACUGCAUGAUUGAGAAAUUCCCCAUGGACGACGUGCAGAAUGCACUUGACCAAAUGAACAGUGGAAAUGUCCGGUUCAGGGGCGUCCUGAUGAUGGAAUGA